AUGCCUCCCUCCGAUAGCGACUACUUCUUCCAGACAAGUCAUUCUGUCGCAGAGACCAACCGCAAGGCCCAAAAAUCCAAAAACACUCAGGGAUUUCCUAUCCGCUUACCCUCAAAGCUUCUCGCCAUUCAUGCCGACCCUUCAGAUCCUGACGUGGUAUUCAUUGCAGAAAGCGUCGGAAAUGUGAGGAGGAUCGCUAUUGAAGUGGGUGAGAUUCCACCUUUUGCCACUGGAGACACUACCCACAUCUAUCGCGGUCCCUCAACCCCGGCAACCAGCCUAGCACUUUCGUCUGAUGGCCAGACUAUCUAUGCGGGCUGUUGGGAUAAAAGUAUUUGGUCAUGGGAUACGACUACUUGCAAGGGCGGAAGGAGGUUUCGUGGGCAUACGGAUUUCGUGAAAUGCCUGCUUUGCUUCAGAGCUAGUGAUGGAGGUCUGGGUGGUGCCGGCGGAAAGGAUGUAUUGGUGUCUGGCAGUGCGGAUACGAGUGUUAUAGCCUGGAAUGUGAGCACAGGGGAAAAGCUGCAUGUUCUGAAUGGGCAUACGAGGGGGGUGUUAGCGUUGGCGGUGGAUCCUGCGACCCCUACAAGCAUUGGGAAAGACGGAGACGGGCAAGACGGUGGAUCGAGGGACGUGAUGGUAUUCUCGGCAGCAAGCGAUCCUCAUAUCCGACGAUGGAAAAUAAAGCGUGACUUGACGUCUGCUGAAGAAGUGGACGCCGAAACGCCUGUUCUGCAGCACGACACGUCUGUCAAUUCGCUGUUCUUCGACGAGGAUCAAGAUUUGUGGACUGCGAGUUCUGAUGGAACGGCAAAGUGCCUGUCCCGCGAGCGCAGGUGGGCGGCCGAUACAGUGCUGACGCACGGUGAUUACGUGAGGGGGGUGGUUGUCGAUGAAAUUGGAGGAUGGGUAAUUACUGCGGGGCGAGACGAGGACUUAAAGGUGUGGGAAAGGGGGAGCGGGAAGUUGUGGCAUACCUAUUCGGGCCAUUUUGAGGAGAUCACGGCGUGCCUCCUACUUAGCAGGCAGAGACUGGUGACGGUAGGGAUUGAUCAGACAUUGAGGACAUGGUCUUUGAGGGCGGAUGAGCUGGGGAAAGCGAAGAAGGAGGCCGAGCACGCCGUGGAUGGGACAGGCAGUCAGGAGCAAACAGGAGAAAAACAGAAAGAGAGUAUGCUAACGGAAGAGGAGGAAAGGGAAUUAGCUGAGCUGAUGGAUGAUGACUGA